GAGAGAGAGAGAGGCAGGGAGAGCGAGAGAGAGACGCGGCACAGGAGCGAGCGGAGGGUGAACGUAGAGGGAGACGAAAGAAGGGUGACGCGCUGCACACUCGCACUCGACAUCGCGCUUGAAAUCUGGAAUAAUGAGGACCCUUUGGAUAAUUUUGUCGCUCGGCUUGGCCGGCAUCCUGUCCGGGGGAAAGAUGGCUGAAGCAGCCAAGGCUUCUUUGCAGGGUGAUGACCUCUACCUGGAGGACACGGGGUCAGGAGGUUACUACCCAGAGGAUGAUGACGACUUUAACUCGGGGUCUGGAUCGGGUGGGGGUGAAGAAGUGUUUGAGGAAACGGUGACCGUCAGUAUGGUUUAUAUCGAGCCCAAACCAGCACUGCCCACCAAGGACUCGACGAAAGAUUUCACACCUAAAGUGGAAACAGCUACGGUCAGAGAAAAAGCCAAAGAGAGCGCACCCAGGAAACCACUCAGAACUGAGGCCCCACCCCCGGUCACAGAAGAGCAGCAGAAGAACCAGAUCACCAGCACAACCAGUGCCCCAGGGUCGCCUCAAGACGCUGUGGAGGUCCGCACUGAAAACCUCUUCCAGAGGACGGAGGUGUUGGCAGCCGUUAUUGCAGGUGGUGUGAUUGGCUUCCUGUUUGCCAUCUUCCUCAUCCUUCUCUUGGUUUACCGCAUGAGGAAGAAGGAUGAGGGCAGCUACGACCUCGGAGAAAGGAAACCGUCAGGUGCUGCCUAUCAGAAGGCUCCAACCAAGGAGUUUUACGCGUAAAGUUCCCCUACUUUUGUACUCCCAUCGAAGCAAGUGACCGUCACUGAGCGGGUCAGCUGCAACAGCAAACCUGCUCUGACAAGCUUUGAUUCAAGAGAGAGAAGAGAGGAGCAUCAAGUAUUGUAAUUACAACCUUUUCUUUCUUUUCAAAAUUUUGGUUUCCAUUCUACGGCAAAUUUCCAUGUAUUUAAACAUUGUGUGUGUGUUUUUUUUAAACGCCUGAAAUCCCAUAAACAGGACCUGUGAAGGCGAGGUAAUCGAUUGUAUCGGUCUUCUGUCAAAGGAGCUUGUUUUUAGUCGCUGACUACUUUUUAACUGUAGCAGUAUGUUAUUUGUAAAGAAAAAAAAUCCAAAUGAAAAUAAUUAUUCUUUUUGAAAUCUUACUUUCAUCUGUUGUUCUUUUUGGCUUAGCAUGUCCGAUGUGGAGCUCUAAAGCUGUAUAACGUUAAUUUAUCUUUACUCCGAUGUUAAAAAAAAAAAGCCUUUUUGUAGUUUUGAUGAAGCUCUUUGUUUUCAUAUUAACACUGUUUAAUGUUUAAUGUCCUACCUUCUUCGCGACGUCUACCCACAGCAGUUUUCUGAUAUUGUUGUAGCCAUUUUUGUUUCAAACGUUUGACAUAUUUCAUUUCCUGUAAUUGGACUGCAAGGAAACGAUAUUAUCUCACAUCUGUCCAGUGGUUCACAAAACUUCUUUGUGGCCGACAGCUCACAGUUACUUCAGUGAUUUAGCUAUCUACUGCUGUUGUGCAGCUUGUAUAGAGUGUAUUGGGGUUUCUUCUCCAUGGCUUGUGUAUAUAUAUAUUUUUUUCAGGCCAUAGCUACUUCCCUGACAUGUCCCACAAGUUUCCUGACUGCCACCUCACUCUGACCAACCUCCUCCCCCCACCAAUGCUUCUUAAUGUGCACCCCAACUUCCCAUUUCUUUUGAGUCAGAUUGGAGCUCAGCCAGUUAAGCUGUCAAUGCCCCAGUCCUCUCCCCCCUUUGCCGUUCCUCUUUCUCUCACCCGGGUAACCUGCUGCUAUUGUCCCAGGCGCAGAUCUGUCCAUUGAGGGCCUGCUAAUGCUUGGACACAGACUCACAAAGCCACUUGCCGAGUCCCACAAUCAAUGUUCCAGAAAGUACAAGUCUAAAUUGAGUACGGCAAUGACCUAUAUGGUACUAAGAAAAUAUCAUCAAAGACUGAAGUUGAUAAAUGCAGGCAACAAUGAAGCACAAAAACAUCUUGCACAAUUCCGCCUUCUCUGUUGAACCUGGUAGAAGAAGAUGGUACUAAUCUUGUGGUGUGAAGUGUUUGAAUAAGGUAGACCUAUGCUACAUGAUGCAGGGAAAGUGGGCCAAUGUUCCCAGUUCAGUGUAUCCAGUUAAGGUAAUAGGUACGAAACUCCUAGAUACGUCAUCAACCAACAGUUGUUGUGCCUAAGUAUGUGAUGCGUACGCUUCCACGUCCCUUCAUCCAAGUCGUUUUUUUGAAAAGCCCUUUGAAAUAAUGUGUGGCAGAUACAUCAGUCAGAGCAGGAAUAUUGACCAGGCAUUCCUUGUUGGGUCCCAUGCAUGGAACAGAAUCAUCUUGAUAAAGUCACUGCUGCUUUUGACCUGAAGGACAGACUCGUUGAACUGGUGAACAUUACCGUAGUACUUUGUGUCGACUUUCGCAAGUUAUGAAGUUGCCUUUUUCAUGAAUAAAUUGGGACUGCAACAUCUGGACCCCACAUGUAAUAGUCACCCAUCCAUUCCCAAUACAUCGUUCUUUCUUUCUUGUCUUUAAAAUCAAAGGUACUGAUCUCAACCCAAAAAAACAAAACAAAACAAAAAAAAAAAAACGCCCAAAGAGUAUUUCUACUCCUGCUGUCCUCUAAAAAAAAGAAAAAGUAACCUCCCCCACUAUGGCCACUUCAUUGUUGUUGUUUUAUACAUCUGUCUUUUAGUUCUUCUUCAAUUGCUUAUUAGUAUAUGAGAAGAUAUAUAAAUAUAUAUAAAUGUAUAUUCACAAAUGUUUUAAACCUUCAAAGUGCCUACCAUAAAGAAACGUGAGUGUCGCUGCAAGUGUGUGUACACAACGGAGAGGACUCGACUGGCAUUGUGUGUGCAUGGAUGACAGUAAUGGUAACCUUUUUUUAGUCUUACAAAAAGCUUGACAGUAUUGUACCUAUAAGUUAAAACAACACUACUGAAUAAACAUUGUGGCCUAACGUCUUCUCUUGUGAGUGCUUGCUUGUUUUCCACCGCCACAAAUCAACACUCCUCAACCUGUGGUGAGGCAGCGGGCCUUCAUUAAAGCCUUGUUUUGUGGGUGAGGACACCGUGUUAUGAGACACCUUGAUUUUCUUCAGUGAAGCUAUUUCACAGUGUUGCCAGCCUGUUAUGAAACUGAUGUGGAAAACAGAAUUAAAACUCGCUUGAUGUUG